UUGAAGAUCAUGAGUCUUUCUCCAGAGGAAAAAAUGUGAUUGCGAGAUCAAAUAGGAAAAAGAAAAGGAUCAGCAAUCUGUGAAUCUGACGCAUUAUGGGGAAGCUAAUAACUACUUCAAAACCCCUCAUCCUCCAUUCCAAGUUCCUCUGCUUCUCUCUCUUCUAUCUCUUCUCCUCCCUCUCUCUCGCUCUCUUCACCUUUCUCUCUCAAUCCAAAUGCCUCCUCCGAUCGUCUCCCUUCGAUCCCAUACGCUCCUCGCUCUUCUCCUACAAUUCCUCCUAUCACCCCCACAAGUAUGCCGUCUCAACCACUCGCUCCACCUGCUCUUCCCCUGUCUUCUUCUCAGAUUACUGGGACGCUUUCAAGGAUAUCCAGAAUUUCCGCGAUCAGUCUUCAUCUUCCCGCCGUGUUAUUAAGUAUAUGCAGGGGAAUUCUACCAGUUUCGGUGGGAAUUUCAGCUCUCAAAUAAGAUUUUCUUAUUUCAAUCAUCGAAAUGAUGACCAACAAAUUCCUUGUGGAUUUCUCAAGAAAUUUCCAAUCGCAGAUUCUGAUCAAAUGACGAUGGAGAAGUGUGAUGGUCUGGUAGUAGUUUCAGCCCUCUUCAAUGACCACGACAAGGUGCGACAGCCAAGAGGGCUGGGAUCAAAAACAUUAGACCAUGUGUGCUUCUUCAUGUUCAUAGACGACAUCACUCUGAAAGGGCUUCAAUACCAUGGAAUAGUGUCAGCAGGUGAAUCAAGAGAGUACAAGGUAGGAGCAUGGAGGCUCGUGAAGGUUUCAAGGGAGGAUUUGUAUGAGAACCCAGCAAUGAAUGGAGUGAUACCAAAAUAUUUGGUACACAGGCUGUUUCCAAACUCCAAGUUCAGCAUAUGGAUAGAUGCCAAGCUGCAACUAGUGGUGGAUCCAUUGUUGCUGAUACACUCGCUGGUGAUAUCUGAGAAUGUGGACAUGGCUAUAUCGAAACACCCUUAUUAUGUUCAUACAAUGGAGGAAGCAAUGGCCACAGCGAGGUGGAAGAAAUGGUGGGAUGUUAAUGCCUUGAAGUUGCAGAUGGAGACUUACUGUGACAAUGGCCUCCAACCUUGGGGACCUUCCAAGCUGCCCUAUGCCUCAGAUGUACCAGACAGUGCUCUGAUACUGAGGAAACAUGGAGUAAGAAGCAACCUGUUCUCGUGUCUAAUGUUCAAUGAGUUGGAGGGAUUCAACCCCAGAGACCAACUAGCGUUUGCAUUUGUGAGAGAUCACAUGAGACCAAAGCUGAGGCUCAACAUGUUCGACGCUGAAGUCUUCGAACAAGUGGCCCUUGAGUAUCGCCACAAUCUCAGGCACACCAGCAGUGAAGGUACUGAUAAAGUAAUGUUGAAGAAGGCUGCCACAAGAACCAGAAGGGCUGACUCUGACUUGUCAUACUUCAAUGGCAGCUGCUGCAGCAAGUGUCACAAUUAUCUCUCGGUUAUGUGGGAUGAUGAUGAUCAAUGAUCACCAUCCCCUUUGUUUAUUAUAUUUUCCAUUAUUCAUUUCUUGCUCUCGUGCCAAGAAAUCCUAGUUUAUUAGUAUAUAUCUUCUGGACGAUGAAAGGUGUAGCUGUAAAGAAACAGAACCCUUAUGAUUGGUUUUGUCUUUUUUGUUCGUAGAACGGAGUCUCUGACAAUUGAAGGAAAAAUGGGAUAUACAGAGAGUACUUUUACUGGGG